UCGUAGGAUAUAAUUAUGGUUUCUAUCUUUGACGCCAUUACAAAUUUUGGCGCGAGUGUAUUUGAGCUCUGACUGUCAUUGUAUGGGGUUUGACAGUCGUAAAACAUAGUUUAUUAUGGAUGGCGAUAUGCAGAAGUUCCCACAUGAGUGGUUAAAAGAAAAGCUUGGGAGCAGGUAUGAAGUGCCACAUACUGUAUCAGCUGAAGCAAUAGAAACUUUGACAAAACUGAAGGAAAUAAACUUGGAAUCUGAUAAUGAUGCUGAUCAGAUAAUUAUGUACCUUGAGAAAUUAACCAAGGAAAUUAAAUCUGAAGAUGAGAAAAUCCAGUCUGUGUUGAAAAAGCUUGGUCUCAGUGUAUAUGAUUUGGAAGAGAAAUCAAAGGAUGCAUUGGAGGAUCUUGUUGCCUAUCAGAUGAAAUACAACCUUAGAGAUAUCAGUAAAACAACGAUGUUGCUUGACAGAGUUGAAAGGAUGCAGAAGGAAGCAGAAGAAGCCAGGUCUUCAGCUUGCUUGAAGAGAGAAAAAGAGAGACUAAAUUUUAUGACAGAGCGCUUGCAAAAUGCAACGGAAGAGUUAGAAAUCCAAAGAACGAAGGAAGAGCAACAUUUAGAUAUAUUGCUUAAAGAAGUGGACAAAAAAAAGACUGAAUCAACAGAAAUGUCAUCUGAAAUAGAGAAGUGCAAGAGUGAACUUCAUGAACUGCAGAUGCAGUUGAAUGCUUUGAAUGUGACAGACAGUCCAGUGCACAGAAGAGUUCUUGAUAAACUUAAAAAUGUUGAUAUGAUGAAAAAACAAAUUGUAGAAUGUCAGACAGAGUUGAAAAAAUACAAGGGGCUUCCUCCUGACUUUUUUGAAGCAAGAAAGAAGCUUGCAGAUAUGCACAACAAAUUACGUGAGGUGGAAAAAGAAGUUCUUGACAAAAUUUUAGGGAAAAGUAGCUGCACUAUGCCUUCUCCUUUCCCCUCCCCACAUUAAGUUUUGUAUAUAAGGUUUCCUAAUGGUUUCCAAAUAUGAUGAUUGAUUAUUUUACAUAUGUAUUGGCAUGGAAUAUAGUGUUACAUCAAGUGAGUAAAAAAUUCAUGGCUUUAAA